AUCAAGGAAUUUGUAGUGUGGAAUUUGCGCAAUUCUUUAUUUUCUAUCUUUACAAAAAAAUAUUCGUGUGGUUUUAAAAUCGAGUUAACGUCGUCAAAUAUUUAAAGUGAAUGAGAAAUUUUUGUAUGAUUAAUUACUGUUAGUGAAAAGAAAAGCUGGGAAAACCUUAUGACUCAAGAACAAAUCGUCAUAUAAGUAGAUAUGUACGUGCAUGAAAAAAAUUGUGAUGUCAGCUUUGCGCAACGUAAUAAAAUUUAAACAUCCGCUCGUACAUCACUGAUCAAGGAUUGACACAGCUAACAAAAAAAAAUCAAAAAAAAGAAGAAAACAAUUUUUCUAAGAGCUGAUGGCUUUUUGAGCUGAUUUAAGCAAUUUACCACGAACUUAGAACUGAUUAAAAGUGAAAAUAGAUUUUUAAAGUAGAACUUAGAAGCUUGGCGUGUAGAGAGUCGAGACAAUUUUAUCAGAAAAGAUGUUUUGCAAUUUUCAUAGAGUUAAUAGAAUUACAAGAUUUGUGUAAUUUUUCGAGAAGAAAAUAUAUUUAUUUAGUUAUGCCAGCAGACAUAACAAGUUUGACAGAAGGCUGGCUGGAAUUAGAGAGUGAUCCAGGUCUUUUCACUCUACUGCUGGAGGAUUUCGGUGUAAAUGGUGUUCAAGUAGAAGAGAUUUAUGAUUUAAAGAAACCAAUAGAAAGUCCUGUGUAUGGAUUUAUUUUUCUCUUUCGUUGGAUUGAAGAGCGACGAGCCCGACGAAAGUUAGCUGAGACAACCGACAUAUAUCAACGUGAUGAAAGUAUCGUCAACAGCAUUUUCUUCGCUCACCAGAUUGUACCGAACAGUUGUGCAACACAUGCACUGUUAUCCAUUCUCUUAAACUGUUCAAAUAUUGAUUUAGGCUCAACGUUGUCACGACUGAAGAAUCACACAAAAGAUAUGACACCGGAAAACAAAGGAUAUGCCAUUGGAAACACUCCUGAAUUAGCAUUUGCACAUAAUUCACAUGCAAUGCCGCAAGCGAGACGAAGACUUGAGAGAAAUGCUGGUGCUACAACGAGCGCAAGAAUAGGAAUUCCCACUGGACGUUCAGCAUGUGAAGCAUUUCACUUUGUUAGUUUUGUUCCUAUUGGUGGUCAUCUUUUUGAACUUGAUGGAUUGAAACCAUUUCCGAUGGAUCAUGGAACAUGGGAAGCUAACGAAGAUUGGACCGAUAAGUUCCGUAGAGUAAUCACUAAUAGAAUAGACAUUUCCAAUGGCGAACAAGACAUUCGCUUUAAUCUUAUGGCUGUCGUUCCUGAUCGUCGCAUCUCCAUCUCACACAAACUCAAAAUUCUAAGACGAAAUAAAGAGAUUGUGGAAGAAGCGUUGGAGAAAUUAGUCAAUGGUACAAAUGGAGAGAUGGUGGUUAAAGAAGAGCAAGAAACUGCUGUGUCUAUCGGAUGUUGUGAUCAAACUGACGAUAAUGAGUCGAAGAAUGAACUUCUUCCAUAUAUUCAUCACACAGCAAACACAUUGUGUAUACCAUGCAAUGGAGCCGGAACAGAAGCUUAUCUACAAAACAAUCAAACGACAGUUGACGAUCAGAAUUUUAAUGAAUGUAAUGUUAUGAUGAAGAAUGACAAUCAUCAAGCAUCUUCAUCGUCAGCAUCUUCAACAUCGAGUGGAAAUUAUUCAGCUUCAACACCUCCAAAUGUCUUCGAGUCAACUGCCUUCUCAUCUAACUAUCUUUGUACGCUGCUAGCAAAUCUUGAGCAUGAGAUUUCAGUGACACAACAGCAUCUUGAUGAUGAAAAUGAUAAACGACAUAAAUAUAAGGUUGACGAUUGUCGUCGAACACACAAUUAUGACGAAUUCAUCACAACGUUUCUCACAAUGCUCGCACAAGAAGGUGCCUUAAGUGAAUUGGUUCAGCAGCAUUUAAGAGAGAAAGGAAAGCUUGGGAUGCUUCAACGACAAAGUAAAUCAAAAUUACUUGUGAAGAAAGUGAUUUCAAACGGUCCAAAUGCAAACCAAGGAUUGACGACGAAUGGCAAUUCGAAUGAGAAGUCGCCAAAAACAGUGAAACGCAGGCGUACUGGAGCUGGCGGCCGUAAAAAGACACGCAAAAAGAAAUAGAAUCUAACUGAUGAUCAUGUAAAUGAUGUCCUCAACGUAACUCUAAGAUUUGUACAUAACUUUUAUUAACUCCUUUCCCUUUCUCCCAUCAUCACAUAAAAUUAAUUAAACUACAAGCACGAAAACAUCUCAAACCAGAUGCCAUUUAAAUUAUGAUAUUUUUUUAAAUUAAACUUCAGAAGAUUUUCUUGUAAGUUCAGUUAGAUCAGAUGGAGUAAUAGCGACAAGUUUUAAGCGUACAGAUGUCAAGCUAAUUUUGAUAAUCACAAAAGAGAUGUCGAUUAUCUUUUACUAAGCAUUGCUUGUACUUUAGAGCGAUAAUUAAUUUUCUACUACAAAUCAGACUCCCAAAAAUAAUAAAGAAGCAAAAACUUAUUUCAAACCAGUGAAAAGCGUGCUUAAUAUACACAAAAGUGUGUUGGCAAUUGGCGAAUAAUUAGUAAUUAAUGCAACCAAAAUAAUUAAUCGACAUCUCAAAUCCAUCAGUCAAAGUUCUUAAAUAUCAAAUUUAAUUUUUUUUCUUAUCUUUUGUGGAUCUCAAAAGAGUUAUUAUGUAUUUAAUUUCCAUCCUUGUCUAUACCGGUCUAUCUCCUAUUUAAUCCCUUUUUUUUUGUUUUCUAUUCUAUGUAAAAUUAAUUUGUUAUUAGAAUAAAGCUUGAAAUUUGAUCGUUGUUCAAAUUUGAUGCUUUCCUCUAAUUCACGUUUUCAAUGAACACAAACUUUUAACAAAAAACUAAAACAUGCCCAUAAAAAUUUCUUUUUAUGAAUCACAAAGAGAAACAAAAAAGAUUUUGCAGUGAUUUUUUGAAAGAAAUAAAAAAUUCGUAAGACUAAGAAAAAAAUCAAAGUCAGCGAUCGAUUCUUGAAAUCUUUCGUGAUGAUAGAAACAUUCAUGUUGUUAUUUGUUGAAUUGCGUUUUUAUAUUUCACACUUUGCAAUCAUUUGAUUUCAUUCAUAUUUAUGACCAUCUAAAAAGAACUUUUAAAAUCUGAUUAGAUUUCCGAUCUUUAAAAUUAAUUUCUUUCUUUGUUUUGAUGUCAUAAAACAAAAAUUCUUGUAGCAUUCAUUUUUAUCUCUUUUUUGUUCAAUUAAUUAACACAAAUUCACUGAAGAGUUUAAAGGAAAGAAAUAAACCAGAAAUGAAUCAAAAUUUGAA